AUGUUGACGGCAGCAUUGCUUGUUCAGAAGUCACCAACCACUAUCCCAAAAAAACCUACAGUUGGACAAUCAUCUAAAAAAUCUGCUUCGGUGGUAGAUAAGCCAGUUCAAUCAAAGGAAAAAGAAAAAGCUGCUCCAAGUGUCCACCGCGUUCCUGUUGACGACGUAUCCACCAGCAAAUCAGUUGACCUCACAAGUUUGAGACAGGAACUUAAUCAAUUUAAGCAGGAAGUUCUUGCUGAAUUCAAGGUUGUUUUUACUGAGCUCAAGGAUCUUCGCAAAACUAUUGAUAAAAAUUUCAAAAAGGUUUUGGAACAUGUCAAAGGGAAACAAAACUCAGAAAAGGAUGAUGACAGUGAAACUCAUGUUCCUUUACAUGAUGGCAACAUACAUCAACAAACUGAUGAUUACAUGGACCACGGUGACGAUAUUCACAUGGAGACUCAUACGGGUGAUGUGCAUCCAACAGAGGAGAAGGGUCUUGCACCGGAUAUUCAAGUCGGUAUUGGCAAUGAUAGCGGCGAUACGCUGAAAGCUUCAACCAAAGAGAUUGCGGAAGGAGGUGAUCAUUCAGGAGAACCGAAGACUUCGGUUGAACGUCCGGUGGAUCCAACAGAGGAAAAGGGUAUUGCAAUGGAUAUUCAAGUUGAUAUUGGCAAUGAGAGCGGCGAUACGAUGGAAGCCUCAACCGAAGAGAUUGCAGAAGGAGGUGAUCUUUCAGGAGAACCGAAGACUUCGGUUGAACGUUCAGGGAAACAUACUAUGGAAGAGAAAAAAUGUUUUGAUGAUUCAAAUAAUUCUGAGAUGAUCGCACAGGUGCUAGCAAAUAUAGCAGAAUCAGAAAUGACUAACGAACAAGUUCACGCAGAAAAAAUCGAGGAAAACACCAGCUCAACUGUCUUAGAGGAACCCCAGGCAGCAAUUUGUAACGCGCAGCCGUUGUCUCAGUGGUUGUUGCCUGAUGAGUAUUUACCAAGCCAAACCCCAAGGAAAGAUAUCGUGUUACAUCCAUCAGUCACACGAGCUACACGCCCUAGUAAAUACAAGUCUUCACCGUUUGUGACAGAUUUUGGUAGUAGUUCGGGCAAGAAUCAUGUACAUGGGUUUGAUAAAAAAUAUCCAUUCCAGAUAGAUCCCAUUACUAGUCCACUUGAUGUACAGAUGGUGGAUGAAUACCGUACUCUGCUCCGAAACGAAAGAACAACGGGGACCAUUACAAAAAAAAAAAUUGCAGUUUUUGACAAUGGAGUCAAAUUCAAUUUUGGCAUCACAACUGUCAAUGAUAAGAACUGGUUUUACCUGUUAUCGAUGGAUGGUCAGCUUUGGAAUGAAGAGCACAUUGACGUCAUUUUCUAUUACUUUCGGAAGAAAGGAAAGUACGAUAAAAGGAACAAUUUCAGCUUCACCACUGUUGACUGCCUAUUCAAGCAGAGAAUUGAUGUGGUCCACCACGCAUAUCGCAAUGUUGAAACACAGACAAAUGUGGCAAAUGAAGAGCAAGUAUUGAUUGAGUAUGUUAAGGGCCACAGGCUUAUUGCCAAUGUCCCGUGGCAUACCGUUGACAACGUGCUAAUACCGGUGAAUAUGCAAGAAGAAAAUCAUUGGUUAUUGGUACUCCUUUCAUUCAAGGAUAGGCGUCUGUAUGUUUACAACUCGUAUCAAUUAGCCGGGCACAACGCAGUUGUUAGGAAUGAAAUAAAAAAGCUUGCUACACUGCUACCACAUUUCUUACAUCUGGCUGGAUUCUAUGUAAAUCAAAAAAGCAUAGAUUUGGUGAAAGACCCAGCAUAUGCAGAUAAGGGACAGAUCGAUAUCUUUGAAGUUGUCUAUGUUGAUAAUCUUCCGCAUCAAACUGCUGGUAGCACGGACUGUGGUGUUUUUGUGGCAGCGUAUGCUGAGUAUUUGACAUCGGGUGAAAGGAUUCCAGAUGUCAUUGAUGCACACAUGCAGCGUAUGAGAUACAGUGCACUCUUAUGGGACUACGCUGAAGGCAAGGUUGCUGACAAUGCAGAGAGUGAUAAUGAAGUUCCACCAAGACCGAUUAGGCCAGCAAUCGAUUACGACACUGUAGAUGCAAUUGAUGUUUGA